CGAGAGUUGACGCGAUCAAAGAUGUCAGCCUCCAUGGAAUAAGUAAAGAAAACAUAAUUUCAUAAUAUUUCAUCACAAAUCUUUAUCUGUUUGUGGUUAAAGACGGAAGAAUGGAUGAAGUGGACAGCAACUGUAGUGACGAUGACAGCAGUCAACAUUUAGACUCUCACGAAAACAAAACUGAUCAAAAUAACGAAGCAGCUACCAACUCUCUUGGACAUUUAUCAAAAAGACAACUUAGAAAAUUAAAGAAACAUGAGCAAUGGCUAGAAAAGAAACCCGAAAAACGAGCCAAAGAAAAAAUGAAGAAGAAGCAAAGAAGACAAGAGGCUAGAGAUAGAGGAGAAACCCUUGGUCCAACUCGUAAAAUGUUAAAGCUGAACAGUAUGGAGAAAUCUUCAUGUAAAGUUAAAGUUGUACUGGAUUGUUCAUUUGAUGAGUAUAUGAAUGAUAAGGAUAUAAUGAAACUAACGAAACAAGUAGGAUUUUGUUACUCAGCCAACAGGAGAGCAGAAAAUCCUCUACAGUUCUAUGUUUGUGGUUUACAUGGUCACAUGCAGCAGAGGUUAGAAUCUAUAGGGGAUUAUAAAAACUGGGAUGUCAACUUUACAGAGAAUGAUUAUCAUGAAGAAUUUGACAGAGACCAGAUUGUUUACUUGUCAGGGGAUUCCCCUAAUGUACUAGAAGAUCUGUCUGAUGACCAUGUGUACAUAAUUGGAGGACUAGUAGACCAUAACCAGUAUAAGGGUAUGUGUCAUCAGCUUGCAGUAGAACAAGGAAUGUCACAUGCACAGUUACCUAUUGGACAGUAUAUUGAGAUGAAGUCUCGUAAAGUACUCACAGUUAAUCAUGUUUUUGAAAUUCUGUUGAAGUACACAGAGACAAAAGACUGGAAAGAAUCAUUCUUUUCUGUGAUACCUCAAAGGAAAGUGGUCAAUAGUACUGACAAGGAACAAGUUAGCACUAAACAGGAAACAGAUGUUGAUAAUGAUCCUUCAAUGGACAAUGCUAAAUUAACUAAAACUGGUUGUGACAGUAUUGCGAUGAACGAUACAAGCUGUAGAAACACAUGCGAUAUAAAACAGGACUUUGAACUCUUACAAGUAACUAGUAAUCAAGAAAUUCCAAAUACUUCUCAGGAUAACCAGUUUAAAUGCAAUGCCGUAAAAAGCAGACCUUUUGAAAAUGGUUCUCAAGGAAUACAGAAGGAAGAUUUAAGUACUUUAACUUGUGAUAAUGAAGAAAAUAAACAGACAACAUAAAUUGUGCAAAUUCUUAGAAAUAUUAUGUUUUAUAGAUUUGAUUAUUUAUUUAUGUGAUUUGACAUGAUAUAAGGGGAAACAUUGGAAAAUGAAUUGAUAAAAUAUUCUGUAUAUAAAAAAAGAGAUGUGGUAUGGUUGCCAAUGAAACAACUAUCCACCAAAGUUCAAAUGAUGUGGAUAUUUAUUGGCCUUCAACAAUGAGAAAAUUCUGUACUGUGUAGUCUGCUUUAAAAGGUCCCAAAAUGAAAAAUAUGAAACAGUUCAAUUGAGAAAACUAACCACCAAUUGAUAAAAUAUUUUCAAUUAAAAAAGGAAUUCAUAAAUAUUCUUUAUAUAAAAAAAGAGAUGUGGUAUGGUUGCCAAUGAAACAACUAUCCAACAAAGUUCAAAUGAUGUGGAUAUAAACGGCCUUCAACAAUGAGAAAAUACCAUACUGUAUAGUCAGCCUUAAAAGGCCCUGAAAUGAAAAAUAUGAAGCAAUUCUAUUGAGAAAAAUAACGGCCUAAUUUAUAACAAAACAAUUUACGAAAAAAAACAAAUAUGACAGACAUGAACCAAUGACAACCACUGAAAUACAGGCUCCUUUUAUAGUUGUAUUUAUACAUGUUGAAGGAUUUUUUUUUAUUCACUAUAUAUACAAUGCCAUACAUUUAUUUCAUGCAUUAAAGGACAAAUUUUUAGUAA